CAGGAAAUACGUCAUGAUAAAUUGAGAAAAACUUUUUUCCUCCGUAUAUCAUUUUAUACAAUUGCAUAUAAUUUUGAAGUUCAUAGUAAAUUAUGUCAGCAUUUAGAUUGUCUAUUACAAUUUCCUAUUAAACUAGUACGUUCAGCAGUAGGGACAUGUUUUCAGUUUAGGUUGCAAUAUUGAAUUGCUAGCUGCAAGUGAUUCUAUGCUGCAGGGUCAGUAGCGAUGAUGAUGAUGUGCAGCUGUAAAUUGAACCACUAGGAAUUUUGACAUACUUUCAAUCCUCGAAAUGAUGGAAGAUCUGCAAGGAGCGGACAUUUGCCGGGUGUGCCGCUCCGAAGGUUUACCAGACCGGCCUCUGUUUCAUCCUUGCAUAUGCACUGGAAGUAUUAAAUGGAUUCAUCAAGAAUGUUUGGUACAGUGGAUGAGAUACAGCCGCAAAGAAUAUUGCGAGUUAUGUGGGCACCGCUUCUCCUUUACACCAAUUUAUUCUCCAGACAUGCCAAGGAGAUUACCUCUUCGUGAUGUUGCUGGAGGUUUAUUAUCAAGUGUUGGCACUGCUGUCAAGUAUUGGUUACACUACACACUAGUGGCACUAGCAUGGCUUGGAGCUGUGCCACUUUCAGCAUGCCGGAUUUACAGAUGUCUUUUCACAGGCUCUAUUGACUCGAUUCUGACCCUGCCACUCGACAUGUUGUCUACAGAGAACGCCGCUUCAGAUGUGUUCCACGGAUGUUUUGUAGUGACUUGCACAUUGUUUGCAUUCAUUGGUCUGGUAUGGUUACGGGAACAGAUCUUGCAUGGCGGUGGUCCCGAUUGGCUUGAAAGAGAAAAUAACAAUGCUCCUCCACCAGCUGGAGACAUUCUUCCACCACAUCCACCCCCACCAAAUAAUAAUAAUGUAUUGGAACCUGACUUACAGCAAGGUGUAAAUCAAGAACAACAUCCAGUUGCAGCUGCUUUAGCAGGAGGUGUUCUGCCACCCCCUGUUGUUGGUCCAGACUUGGUUGGAGUGGAUCCCCUAGAAAAUGCUGCUGUAGGAGAUGCCGAGGAAAAUGAGCGUGGCGCUGGAGACAAUGGCGCAGCAGCUGAUGAAGGAAAUUGGAAUCCAAUAGAGUGGGAUCGAGCUGCAGAAGAACUGACCUGGGAAAGACUUCUUGGAUUAGAUGGUUCACUUAUGUUUCUGGAACAUGUGUUCUGGGUCAUCUCAUUAAAUACACUCUUCAUCUUGGUGUUUGCAUUCUGUCCAUACAACAUUGGACAUUUUGCUGUGGUGGGGUUCAGUUUGAGGGAGCAUGUCGCUGCAUCUCACUUUGAAGGCCUUGUCACCACUUUAUGCGGAUAUUGUGUCAUUGGCCUCUGUCUUGUCCUGCUACAUGGAUUGGCUUCACUCCUUGGCUUAAGAAGAUCCAGAAGAAUUUUUGGACUCUGUUAUGUCGUGGUGAAGGUGUCCUUGUUGUCUGUUGUGGAAAUAGGUGUCCUCCCACUAAUAUGUGGUUGGUGGUUAGAUAUCUGCUCCUUGUCAAUGUUUGAUGCAACCCUACGAGACCGAGAGUCAAGUUUCCGCUUGGCUCCUGGCACCUCCAUGUUCAUACAUUGGCUUGUUGGGAUGGUGUAUGUGUACUAUUUUGCAUCAUUCAUCUUGCUUCUUAGAGAAGUAUUGAGGCCUGGUGUACUUUGGUUCCUGAGAAAUUUGAAUGAUCCAGACUUCAGCCCAAUUCAGGAAAUGAUCCAUCUUCCAAUUGUACGACAUGUAAGACGACUACUGGCAUCUGCAGUCAUCUUUGGAACAGCAGUGCUGCUCAUGCUGUGGCUGCCUAUUCGAAUUCUGCGAGUCAUAUGGCCCGGUUUUCUACCUUACAUUGUGGCUUUGCAAAGUGAGGCACAGGUUAAUGAACUGUCACUUGAACUUCUGUUACUUCAGGUUAUACUUCCUGCAUUGUUGGAGCAGUCACAUACAAGGACAUGGCUUAAAAGCUUAGUGCGUACUUGGUGUCGAGCUGUGGCUUGGCUGUUGGACUUGCAUUCUUACCUCCUUGGGGAUGAGGGAGGAGAGCAGGGGCCUGCAGAUGCUGCUGGGGCCCCACAGGGUGCUCAGGCCCAUCAUCAACACCCUGUCAACAAUGAUCGUGGUGGAGCUGCAGGAGGUCUUGGUGCAGCACAUCAGGCCCUCUUGCAGCGGGAGGGGCCAACAGGAUUCCAGCCAUAUGAACGUCCACGGUGGUUCCCUGCUCGUUUAGUGGGUCUCUUGAUAGCUGUUUGUGUGACUCUUGUAUUUGCCAGCUUGGCUGCUCUUACACUACCUGUCUGGUUGGGGCGUCGUGUUAUGGCCCUUUGGCUUGUAGGAGUUCCUCCUCCUGCUCCAUCUGUUGUUGCUGCAGUGGUACCUCCUGUAGGUGAAACAGGCGGCGAAGUGAUUUCCGCAGGUGCCCGAGUGCAUGAACUAUAUACAGCCGCAUGUGGAACUUAUCUGUGUUGGCUUGCUGCUCGUGCCAUUGCCUUGAUGCUCAGCUGGUUGCCCCAGGGCCGGGCUGCCAUUCUUGCUCGCAUAUGUCAAUGGUAUGUUCUGGGUGCCAAAUCUGCUGUUGCCUUCUCACUGCUUCUUGGAGUAAUCCCUCUCCUCUUUGGACUUCUCCUGGAAUUGGUGGUUGUGAUCCCACUUCGUGUGCCUCUUGACCAGACUCCAGUGCUCUUUGUGUGGCAGGACUGGGCCUUGGGUGUUCUAUACACCAAAAUAGCCUGUGCAGUCACCAUGAUGGGUCCUGAGUGGGCACUCCGACGUGCUAUUGAAAGAGCUUAUCGUGAUGGAAUUCGUGGCAUGGAUCUGGGAUUUGUGCUUCGUGAGUUAGCUGCACCAGUGGUGGCAUGUUUUGGUCUGGCUCUAGCUGUUCCAUACGCCACAGCAUAUGGCAUCGUACCCCUCGUGGUCACCAGUCUGCAUCUGCGUAAUCUCAUAGCACGAAGGCUGUAUCCCUUCCUGCUUCUCAUCAUGCUGGUGGGUGGCGUCAUCGUGUUUCAGAUCCGUCAGUUCCGCAAGCUGUAUGAACACAUCAAGAAUGACAAGUAUCUGGUGGGACGCAGGCUAGUUAAUUAUGACCACAGGCGUCACAAGUCGCCAAGUGGCAGUUAGUCCAACAUCCAGCAUUGAAGUGAGAGAAAUAGUAUCUAGCAGGUUCAUGGUUAGAUUAACAGUGACUAUUCAUAUCCUCCUGUUAGAUACUCUUCUCUUGACAGAGUUCACUCUUUGGCACUAGCUUAGCACACUGCAAUAAAUACCAGUGUAGUUAAGACUAGUUUAUCCUCUUCCAUGAUGCAACACUAAUAUAUACUACAGAAUAAUGAACAUUAUUGAUAAUGGUUACCAACUCGCUUGAAAAUAUACACAGGGUUCUGUUAUGGACUUUGUGAAAACUGUAGUAGGUCAUUUUUAUCAUAGUUGUUUCCUGAUUGGUAGAGGACCAUGUUCUAUGUCAAAGUAUAGUAAUAUUUUUAAUUGUUGUCUUUACUGUUAAAUGGGAUUAUUUUGUAGGACUGUUAAUAGCAAAAUUAAGUACACUAAUAUAUCUACAAUGUUCUGUCCUCAGAUCUUAACAACUAUCAGUUCUUGCUCUCAGUCUUUUACAUGGCAUAAUGUGUAUUAAGUGAAUGCUUAUGCAAUAAGACUAGGAUAGUUGGCAACUGUGUUUUGUUGAACCAGACAUGACAACAAUCAACACUGAGGCUACUCCUCCAUAUAAAGCUUAUCCUUUAUCAGGGGUGGACAAACUCUUUCAUCUUCCAUGAGCUUUCAGACCUUAAGUUUGUAAGUAUUUAUAAUAAAAUAUUGCAACACCUGUAAACACAAAAUUCUGUUAUUUCUAUGCACAUAAUUAUCUCUGUGAGGAAUGCUUUGUCCAUUGGCUCCAAUAACAAGCAGUUUUAGAAGUGCUGACCUCUGACCAAGAAAUUUUCAUCCAUUUUUUAAAAUAUAUUGUUUAAAUUCCAGAAUUUAUAUCUGAUUAUAGAGGCAGUGCAAUAAAAAUGUAUAUGAAUGGAAUACAUUUGCCUUAAAUUUAUUUACAUUAAAUUGAAAUAUGAUGCAUAAGGAGAAGAAUAAUGAACAGCUGUUAUGUUUGCAAAUGAAUGUAACAUCAUAUUGAGAUUCCAGUAGUGCUUGUAUAUUGUGUCAAAAUAAAAGUGAAUAUAAUUUGGAUCCCUACAGAAUUGCCCAUAUGGCUUACAAGUUUGGCCACCUCUGCUAUGUACCCUCCUGCCAGAUAUGUUAUUGUAUUGGUAAGUGUUAUAAGUAUUGCAUACAUUUAAUAUGGUCUAUGUAGUACUUAUUGUUUAUACUGCUGUUGGUCAAAUGGAAUGGUUUGGCCUGUGCAGUGGUAUUAUUGAUGGGACGAAAUCUAGGUAAAGGACUGAAAUGAUUAUUUUGAGAUAAUGUUGGUAGCCAAAUAAUUAAGGGGGUGCAAGGUCCUUUUUCGAUAAGUCGCAUUUGUGAAAUGUAUGAGUGUGACUACAGAAGGGUAUGAGAUACACUGAUAUGCAAAUUGCACAAGUAAUAUCACCAUAAAAAUAUUACAAUUAUAAAAAUAUUUAAGUUUGGUUGUGGUUCACUUACUGUAUAUACAGAGACAAUUUUGUUAUUUUAUUUUGUUGUGUUUUUUGGUAAUGAUAUAGAAAUUACCCAUUAUCCAGUUUUCUGAAUUGUGUAGUUUUGGUUUUAGAAUGUUAUGGCAUAUCAUUAUAUGACCCUGUACAUAAUACUUGUUUCUUGAAUCUGAAGUAUAGGAGUACUUAAAAGCAUUGCAUUGUGGAUUGUCAAAUAUAAUUUUAGUCAAAAUGUAACUAUGUAUCACAUUUCAGGUGUCUCACAAAUUAUAAUAGCACAUGUUGAAGAAUAAAAUGUACAUUUCCUCCUCUUCCUUAUGAUGCAUUCAAAUAAAUAAGAAAAGACUGUC